GCUUAUUUCUGCCCGUCCCUGUCCCCUCGUCCACCAAAUACCUGCUAGAUACCCCGCAUCGACCCCGCACACCCCACCGCUCCCAACAGACGUUGAAUCAUGCCGCGCGAGAUCGUAAACAUACAGGCUGGCCAGGCCGGAAAUCAGGUCGGGGAGUCGUUCUACAAGAUGCUGCUUGCGGAGCAUGGCCUGGACGACGAAGGGCACUACCAAGGGAACGACCCCCUUCAGAUCGCAAGAGUUGGCGUGUACUUCACCGAAGUCCAGUCUUCAGGAGCCAACAAAUACGUACCUCGUAGCGUCCAAGUCGACUUGGAAAAUGGCGUUUGCGAUCGGAUCCGCUCGGGCCCGCUCGGUAACUUGUUCCGCCCCGAUACUUACUUGACUGGAAACACGGGUGCCGGAAACAAUUGGGCCAAAGGAUUCUACACCGAGGGUGCCGAGCUCAUGGACAACAUCUUGGAAAUCGUCCGAAGACAGACUGAGGCUACAGAUGCGCUACAAGGCUUCCAAGUUCUGCAUUCACUAGGCGGAGGCACUGGCGCGGGCCUCGGCUCACUCAUGCUAUCCAAGUUCCGAGAAGAAUACCCCGAUAGGAUAAUCUCAACAUACUCCGUCCUCCCGUCUCCCAAGGUGUCAGAGACAGUAGUCGAGCCAUACAAUGCGCUGUUGUCAAUACACCAGUUGGUGGAGAACAGCGACAUGACACUCUGUAUCGAUAACGAAGCCCUAUACGAUAUCUCUCAGCGGACUCGCAAAGUGAAGCACCCUACAUUUGACGAUCUGAACAGCAUCGUCGCGCAAGUGAUGUGUGGUGUUAGCACCAGUCUCCGCUUCCCUGGACAGCUGAACGGCGACAUGCGGAAACUCGCGAUGAACCUCAUUCCCUUCCCUCGCCUGCACUUCCUCAUGCCCAGCUACGCGCCGUUCUUCGAUCCCAACCAGAAGGCAUACAGUCGCACAAAUGUCAAGGAACUCACGACCUCCUUGUUCGAACGUGCAAAUUUGCUUGUUGCGUGUGACCCCCGCUUCGGCCGUUACCUGACCGCAUUCACUAUCUUCCGCGGCAAUGUCGCCUCAGAAGAGGCCGAACAAGCCGUGUACGACCUGCAGCGCAAGAACAACGCCCAGUUCGUCGAGUGGAUCCCCGACAACAUCUCGGUGUCGCUGUGCUCGGUACCCCCCGUGGGCCAAAAGCAGUCGGCGACGUGCCUCGCGAACUCGACUGCGGUGCAGGAGCUCUUUGCCCGCACGCUCACGCAGUUCGCAGCCAUGUACAAGCGCCGGGCGUACCUUCACUGGUACACAGGCGAGGGCAUGGACUCCAUGGAGUUCUCCGAGGCCGAGAGCAACACGCAGGAUUUGAUUGCGGAGUACCAACAGUACCAAGAAGCGACGGUCGACGAGGAAGAGGAGGCAGAGUACGAGUAUGAGGGCGAGCCGGAGGCUGCAGUUGAGUAUCAGGAAGAGCCCUCCGCGGGCGAUGAGUUCGAGCAAUAGCAGGACCCCACGUAGGGUGCACUUCCGCUCCUUCGCGUUACGUCCUUGCUACUUGUUUUGUCUUAGCUCUUGCAAUGCCGGCUGAAUACCCGUAAAGCUCCUCUAAUUCCCUUUGGUGCCCCCGUGGCCUUCGC